CAGACAAACUCCUCGAGACCGUCAGACGAUGCACAACCGGCAAAGAAAAAGAAGACCCAAGCCGAGCUAGAUAAAGAGCUGGAAUCAAAGAUGCAAGAUCUUUCAGGUGACGGGGGAGCAUCAGGCGUGGAAUAUGAGGAUGGGCAGCCGGUCGCUAUGAAGAGGAGCUUGCGGAACAACAUGUUCCGCUACAUCUAA